AUGUCAGAAGACCUGCGGGCAGAGCUGGAGAAAUGUCUGGAGACGUUAAACAUCCAGACGACCUGCGUGGAGCACCCGCCGGUGUUCACGGUGGAGGAGAUGAUGCCUCACCUGCAGGAAGUGAGCGGAGCCGUCACUAAGAACCUCUUCCUGAAGGACAAGAAGAAGAAAGGCCUGUGGCUGGUGUCUGCUCGCCACGACCGCCAGGUGAACCUCAACGACCUCGCCAAGAAGCUCGGCGUCGGCAGCGGCAACCUGCGCUUCGCAGAUGAGGCGGCCAUGUUGGAGAAACUCAAGGUGGGUCAGGGCUGCGCGACGGCGCUCGCUCUGCUCUUCGAUAAGGACCAGAGUGUGAAGUUCGUCCUGGACCGGGACCUGGUGGAGGGAGGCCACGACAUGGUCUACUUCCAUCCCAUGACCAACGCCGCCACCACAGGGCUCCGACCAGACGACCUGCUGCGGUUCCUCAAAGCGACGGGACACGAACCCGUCCUGGAGAGCUUCGAGUAGGACUGGACGGAACCUGGACCUCAACCAGGGACGCCAACGCUGGACCCGAACAGCAUGCGGGGAUUAAUGUGGGACAAAAAGGAACAUGCAGAACGAACUUAUUCUGCUUCAAAGAUUUAAUAAAUGAUCAAAUGAAACGCACGGCCUUCAUAAGAACAUGAAGAGAAGAGACGCUGAGCUGAAACGAUUUAUCGAUUCGUUUUCAACUGUUAAAUUAAUCGCCAGCUUUUUGGGUAAUUGAUAAAUUAGUUAUUUCCUGGUUUCUUUGCUCCUCUGUGACAGUAAACUGAACAUAUUUGGGUUUUGGGAAACACUCAUUGACCUUUUUCUCCAUUUUAUAGAUCAAACAACUAAUUGAUUAAUCAAGAAAUUCAUGAACAAUAAAAAACAAUGGUUAUUUGCAGCCCUCAGCAUGCUGAACAGUUCUGAUUCAAAUCAGAAAGGGAACAUUUUACUGGUCUGAAAACAAUCAUUUUUACUUUGGUAGAAUUGUCAGAAUUUGAAAUGCUUAAGAUAUAUUUAGAGAGGAUUAUUUAUUUUAGUUUGUCGACCGGAAAUCUGUUUGUUUCUCUCUGUUACUUUGUGGAGAUCAUGUCUGUUUUAUUAAAGACUGUUGCUUUUACAUCUUUGAGCUCCGUGAAUAAAUGUCUUGUCCCUGAUCAUUUUCAU